GACAAUAACGUAACCCCCAAAACUCUCUUCAUUAUUAUCUCUAUAUUCUCUAUUUCCUCUUUUUCUACCUUAAUUUAUUUAAAAAUAAAUACAAUAAAUCACCCAAAGGCCAAAAGCUUCCAAACCCAAAUUUGAUAUUUGCAGUUGAAUGCAAAUAUAAUAUGGCCAACUUGCAACUGGAGGAUUUUCAUUACAUGGCUGAAGAUCUCAUCGAGGACAUGGAUGAAGACGACUAUGGUAGAGCUGGUGGAGACAUGGAUGCCCAUGAAUAUGACAUGCUGACCAGGGUGACUGAUACAUCUUCUGGUCAAGCGCGGAAUGGGAAAGACAUUCAGGGGAUUCCAUGGGAAAGAUUGAACAUAACGAGGGAAGAUUAUAGAUUGACAAGGCUUGAACAGUAUAAGAAUUAUGAGAAUAUCCCAGCCUCUGGUGAAGCCGUAGACAAGGAAUGCAAACUGAUGGAAAAAGGUGGGAACUACUAUGAGUUCUUCCACAACACUAGAUUAGUUAAGCCGACAAUCCUCCAUUUUCAGCUUCGAAACUUGGUUUGGGCUACUUCCAAACAUGAUGUUUACCUCAUGUCCAAUUAUUCAGUUAUGCAUUGGUCAUCAUUGUCAUGCAAUCUCUCUGAGAUCCUUAAUUUUUCUGGGCACGUAGCACCUACCGAGAAACAUCCUGGAAGUUUAUUAGAAGGUUUUACACAAACCCAAAUAAGUACACUGGCGGUCAGAGACAAUUUUAUGGUUGCAGGAGGCUUUCAAGGAGAGCUUACCUUUAAGCACUUGGACAGAAAAGGAGUAGCCUUCUGUACCCGGACAACCUAUGAUGAUAAUGCAAUUACAAACGCUAUAUUGAUUUACGACAGCUUGAGGGGUGGAAUCAAUUUUAUGGCCUCCAAUAACGACUGUAGCAUGAGGGAAUAUGAUACAGAAAGAUUUCAUCUCUUAAACAAUUUCCGGUUCCCAUGGCCAGUAAAUCAUACAUCAGUCAGCCCCGACCGAAGGCUUAUUACUGUUGUCGGAGAUAACUUGGAUGGGUUACUUGUGGAUUUGCAAAACGGAAAGACUGUAGCCACGGUGGUAGGUCAUCUGGAUUACUCCUUUGCAUCUGCUUGGCACCCAGACGGGCGCAUAUUUGCCACAGGAAAUCAAGAUAAGACCUGCCGAGUGUGGGACAUCCGAAACCUCUCGAUGCCAGUUGCGACUCUUAAAGCAAACUUGGGUGCUGUGCGGUCAAUCCGCUUCUCAUCCGACGGUCAAUUCAUGGUAGUUGCUGAACCAGCAGAUUUUGUUCACGUGUAUAGCACGCAGGCCGAUUACCAGAAAAGACAAGAGAUCGACUUCUUUGGCGAGAUCUCGGGAGUAUCUCUGAGCCCGGACGACGAAUCUCUGUAUAUAGGAAUAUGGGACAGAACGUAUGCAAGCUUGCUGCAGUAUAACAAAAGACACACAUAUGGUUACCUAGAUUCGUACUUGUGAUUCUGCUGAUGAAUCUGUGUUCUGUUUUUGUUUAUGUAAGAAUGACGAUGAAAUAGUACGACAGUAGAAUAAGUGUAUGAAUCUGUUACAAGCUUGGUAGAAAGGUGCAUGUACAGUACAUUAUCAAACUUUAAUGAAAUGCUAUUUUGGUAUCUCAUUUU